UCGAGGAAAGUUGUUUAAAUAAGAUAAUUUAAAAAUGGGAUUUGUUAAACAAGACGUCCAUCGGCCAGGUGUUUAUAAGAAAUCAAACAAAUUACAUAAAACUGGAAGGCAUCGAAGUAAAGGCUCUAUUUCAAAUGAUUCUCGAGGUAAUGUAUCUGUUAAGAAACUCUCGAAACAUAUUAAAAAAGAACUUGGCAAAGAGGCUCGCCGAAAUCAGCUUCAACAAAUUCGUUCAAAUAAACGUGAUGAAGUUCUGAAAAAGAAACGAAGUUUAUAUGGCCUGCAAAGUCCACCGAUUCUUAUCGCAGUAGUUGCUUUACAAGAAGAUUUAAAUGUAGAUGGUAUUGUAAAUUUAUUAGUAAGUGCAGAUGAAAAUGCAAUUGUCAAAAACAGUUUGUGCGCUACUCACAUCGGUAUACCAAAAUUUAAGCAACGUUUUUCAAUUGUCGUACCUCCUGUUGGUAAUAUUUUUGCAACUUUAGACUAUGUGAAAGUAGCCAAUAUCGUAUUAUUUGUUACAUCCGCAUCGAAUGCAUCUGAUAAAAGUCAAGAUAACAAUGUUCUGGAUUCAUGGGGAGAAGAAAUUAUUCAAUCGAUAAUUUCUCAAGGAAUGCCAUCGCCCAUUCUUGUAGUAACGGAUACGGAAAGCUUGUCCAUCAAGAAAAGACAUGAUUAUAAACAGAAUGUUCAAAAAACAAUGUUUAAGUGGCUGCCAGAAGAGAAGGUAAUGACUCUUGAUAAAGCGGCAGACGCAUUGAAUCUUUUAAGACGAGCUGGUUCUCAAAAGCAAAAAGACAUUACUUACAGAAAUAAAAGAUCGUACCUCUUAGCGGAAGAUGUUAAAUUUAAUCUAAAUAAUAAUGAGUCACCAAAUGAUUUUGGAAUAUUAGAAGUAUCUGGAUAUUUGCAAGGAUUACCUUUAUCAGUGAAUGGCUUAGUUCAUUUAUCAGGUUUUGGAGAUUAUCAAAUGUCUCGUAUUAUCGAAUCUAAGGAUCCUUUCUCAUUGGACUUACGUAAGGAAGAUUCGCAAAAAAAUAUAACAGAAGCAAACGUUGCUGUUGCCGAUCCGUCUAAACAAGAGUCGUUAAUGUCUGAAAAUAUACCUGAUCCAAUGGAUGCAGAGCAAACUUGGCCAACCGAGGAAGAAUUAGCCAUGGCAAAAGUGAACCAAACAAAGAAGAUCGUUAAAUUUGUACCCAAGGGUACAUCGGAAUAUCAAGCAGCUUGGAUUCCUGAUGAGGAUGGAGAAGAGUAUAAUGACGAUGAGGAGGAAUUUGAUGAUGAUAGAAUGACCGUCGAUGAUGCUAAAUCUGAAGAAAAUAGUGAUGUAGAAGCCGAAGACAAGGAAGAGUAUGAAACUAUAACUAUUUCCGAAGUUCCAAAUGAACAACAGUAUGAUGAGAACAUUAAUCUACAAGAAGAAAAAGAAGCGAUAAUAAAGUUCAAAGAAGCUAAAUUGGAUUCUGAAUUUCCUGAUGAAGUUGAUACACCACAAGAUAUAUUAGCCAGAGUUCGAUUUCAGAAAUAUCGAGGUUUAAAAUCAUUUCGCACAACUUUUUGGGAUAAAAAAGAAAACUUACCGUACGAUUAUGGAAGAAUAUUUCAAUUUCAAAAUUAUGAUCGCACUCGUAGACGUAUUUUUAAAGAGCGAGAAAAUUUAUUGGAUGUGCAGCCGGGAUCGUACGUUACAGUUCACAUAAACGGUAUUAGUAAAGAAUUGUACGAAGCUUAUACAAGUAAAUUUAAUCACCCGUUAAUAUUAUGCGGUAUUUUGGAAAAUGAGCAUAAAAUGUCUGUAUUAAAUCUUCGAUUAAAGCGUACAAUUAAUAGUAAAAUUCCUAUUAAAUCAAAAGAACGUCUUGUUUUCCAAUGUGGAUUCAGAAAAUUUACAGCAUGUCCCAUUUUCAGUGAACAUACUAAUGGAAAUAAACAUAAGUAUGAAAGGUUCUUUCAACCAAAUACCGUUAUAGUCGCUACAAUUUAUGCUCCAAUCACAUUCCCACCUUGUCCGGUUUUAUGCUAUCUGAAGAAAAGUGACGGAAGCUUGGAAUUAAUCGCUACCGGCAGUCUUCUGUCGAUUAAUCCCGAAAGACUCGUGAUUAAAAGAAUUAUUUUAAGUGGACAUCCAUUAAAAAUCCAUAAACGCUCAGCUGUAAUAAGAUUUAUGUUCUUUGAUCGAGAAGACAUAAGAUGGUUUAAACCUGUGAAACUACGAACUAAAUGCGGACGUAAAGGGCACAUUAAAGAGCCAUUAGGAACUCAUGGACAUAUGAAGUGCAUCUUUGACGGGCAAUUAAAAUCUCAAGAUACAGUUUUAAUGAAUCUUUACAAAAGAGUUUAUCCAAAAUGGAAUUAUGAACCCAUAUUAUUAACAUUUAAUACAAAUAAAGCACCACCGACUGUUGUGAAAAUGGAGUAAAGUUAAAUGCAGAAGUAUGUAUUAUGUAUAUGAUUUUUUUUUUUUUUUUUU